AUGAAUAAUUUGUUCCUGUACUCUCUAAGGGUGAAAAGUCUGUCCACUCAGAACAAUGUUGGCAUUGACACGGACCUGGCGACAGAUCUCAAUGCAAAUUUCACAUGGACACCUCCACUGGCAAGCCGAAGCCAGGUUGACAACGAGCUGGAGGGGCCGGAAAGCUUAACGGAGGAUGAGGUUGCAGCUGCCUUUGAUGAGAUUGAGCAAUGCAUUGCGGAAUUCCCAUCAGCUAUUGAUCCCCAGCUGGAAGGGUACGAGAUCUUGGCGGGAAAGGUGUAUGACAUCACCGAGCUGGAACAGGUUGACAAAGGAAUUGUCCCCACAGCUUUUGAAGAUGAUGUUCAGCAGGUGGGAUCUGACUCGGAGGAUGGUUUGUCUUGGGACAUGCAGUCUCUAUUGACUAUGAAGGGUGUCUCGUCAAUGUAA